UAAUUUGGCAGCACUAAUACGUGGUUUUUGGUGAUUUUUCAGCAUGGCAAGCAAAAGAGAUUGGAAAUAUAAAUAGCGCAGGCUGUCAGCGUGUAAUUUCGCCGUACCAUGUGUACCUGACGUCCAAGUGUAUACAAAUUGCGUUUACCAGACACUGGCAGAAGCCACGUCGGCAUGGGGGGCCCGAAUAUCAAGGAGCUGCAGCAAGAGGCAGCUGAACCAGCCAGAACUCCGAAGCAGACCCAUCCUUACCGUCUUGUCCUGUUCUUCAUCGCCGGCAGCUUAGCGGCCAUUUCCUUGCAUGCCCUGACGUCUUCGAAUCUGGGCCUGAGACUGCGGCAGCUGCACCACCUGCCAUCGGCCCACUAUCUACAAACGCGUGACGAGUUCGCCCUGUACUCCGUGGAAGAGCUUAACGCUUUCAAGGAGUUUUAUGAUAAGAGCGUCAGCGACAGCGUCGGUGCCAGCUUCUCGGAAGCGGAGCAGACAAACAUCAACGAGGCGUUGGGAGCUCUUCGGCUGGCCCAGGACAUGUACCUGGCAGGCAAGGAUGAAAAGGCGGCCCGCCUGUUUGAGCACGCGCUGGCUCUGGCACCCCGACACCCUGAGGUUCUUCUGCGCUACGGCGAGUUCCUAGAGCACAACCAGCGCAACAUUGUCUUGGCGGAUCAGUUUUACUUCCAGGCCCUAACCAUCAAUCCGAGCAACUCUGAAGCGCUAGCGAACAGGCAGCGCACGGCGGACGUAGUCCAGACGCUUGACGAACGCCGUCUGGAAUCGUUGGACUUUAAGCGGGAUGCCCUUUCCGCCAUUCAUGAGUCCAGCACUGCCCUACGGAGGGCCAAAAAAGAAGCUUACUUCCAGCAUAUCUACCACUCUGUGGGCAUCGAGGGUAACACUAUGACAUUGGCCCAAACCCGAUCCAUCCUUGAGACACGAAUGGCUGUCGAUGGCAAGUCAAUUGAUGAGCACAAUGAGAUCCUUGGCAUGGAUCUUGCCAUGAAAUACAUUAAUGCCAGUCUGGUUCAAAAGAUGGAAAUUACCAUAAAAGAUAUCCUCGAGCUACAUCGACGAGUUUUGGGACAUGUUGACCCCAUUGAAGGCGGAGAAUUUAGGCGUAAUCAGGUGUACGUCGGGGGCCAUGUGCCCCCAGGCCCGGGAGAUCUGGCACUUCUUAUGCAGCGUUUCGAGCGCUGGUUGAAUUCAGAGCAUAGCAGUACUCUACAUCCCGUCAACUAUGCUGCUUUAGCCCAUUACAAAUUGGUCCAUAUUCAUCCCUUUAUUGAUGGCAAUGGACGUACUUCACGUCUGUUAAUGAACACGCUUCUAAUGCGAGCUGGCUACCCGCCUGUUAUCAUUCCGAAGCAGCAACGCAGCAAGUACUAUCAUUUCCUUAAGCUCGCCAACGAGGGCGACAUUCGGCCGUUCGUGCGCUUUAUAGCUGAUUGUACGGAAAAGACGUUGGAUCUGUACUUGUGGGCUACCAGCGACCUACCUCAGCAGAUACCUAUGCUCAUCCAAACAGAAAGCGAAGCCGGUGAGCGCCUGGCCCAGCUACAGAGUCCGCACUUGUCCCAAAGCGCACCAAUGCCGGAGUUCUAUGAGUCCGGAUCUGGAUCUAUUCCCUGACACAUGGCUGGACGCCACUCCGAUCUUAGCAAGGUGUUAUAUUUAUUUUCUCUUGUUCUAUAUUAUUUAAAUUAGCAAACAAUUUAUCUGUUGUGUAUGUGAAUGUAGCUUGUUCAACGAAGUAACAAUAGUGACAAUUGCAGACUGUGAUCAUCUUUAGACUUUAAGUACGUAACCAAAAUUUGUACAUGUAAAUCUUACGCUGGAAAACAGCAUGUAAACAAUGCACAAAAUAAUAAAUGUGUUCU